UAUGCAUUGCAGAAGCCAGUUAAAGAGCAUUCCCAGUAGUCUGGUACAAGGAAAGGACUCAGCCCAGAGCAAAGCACAUCUGUACUGUGUGAAUUUCCAGAGGACUUGGCACAGACGGAGACCUGUCGAUGUUUGUUUAGUCUGGAAAUCUUUGGCACUGAAAUAAAAAUUCCUUACACACUUACCUGUGAGGAUCUGUCACUGGAGGUACCUCCACUUUCCAAAAGAAAGAAGGUGGUAUGCACCCACACACUAGAUUGGAUGAAAGCUUAAUUCUCAGUCAAGAAAUAUGAUGGUGUAUGCACAUUUGAUCAUCCUAUCCAUCUUCUCGGUUUCUGUGAUAUCACAAUCAUAUGAUUCAAUCGAAGGUGAGGCUUUGGUUGUCAGAUGUCCCGAAAAUGAUUUAUCUGCAAAAGUUACCUGGUAUCACACAGGCACAAGGAAAAUAAUUCCUGGAGAAGAAGAGGGAUCACAAGUGUUUUCAAAAGGAAUAUUUCUUUGGUUUUUGCCAACUUCUUUAGCGGAUUCCGGGAACUACACUUGUGUUACAACUUAUCCAGAUGGGAGCAAAAAAGAGCGCAAAAUGAAUGUACAGGUGCAUCCAUACAAGCAAGAAAAGUGUUUCCCAAGCCGGAUACUUUAUGCAAAUGAAAGCAGAAAUGGAAAAAUUUCUUGUCCUACAUUUAGGAAUUAUGAGAAUGCUACUAUAACCCAGUGGUAUAAGGACUGCAGACCUCUACAGGGAGAGAGAUACAGCAUGCAGGAUCCUUAUAUUUAUAUUACAAACCUGAAUAAGGAGGACGAUGGUUAUUAUACUUGUCAAUUUACUUAUACUCACAGAGGAAAGGUGUUCAAUGUAUCAGCAACAAGGAUCUUUGUAAGUGGAGUAAAGCACUCAUCUCUACCUGUUCAAAUUUUAUUUCCAAAAGAUGAAGAGGUAAUAGAAGUGGAGCUUGGUGCUACUCUUCCUCUGAAAUGUCGAGCCUGGCUAGGAAUUAAAAAACAGCCUAUAGGUUUUGUCACAUGGGAUGUGAAUGAGGAGCCAGCAGAAAAUGCAGAUGAAGAAAAAUUUCAUCGAGAAAUUAGUUUUUUUGAAGGACAGCACCAAGAGUACUAUGGAGAGGCGACUUUGACCAUUAGUAACAUAGAACAUACGGAUUUGCAGUCCAGUUUCUCAUGUGUAGCAAUGAAUGAAAUGGGAAACACGAGGACCACAGUGACAUUACGACUCAAAAAAAAAUCUGGUCCUGAUGUCCUCAUGAUUGCUGGAUUUCUAGUUCUGCUAAUGUCAGUAGCAAUCUCUGUUAUACUGUAUCAGUCCUUCCGAGUUGAUAUCGUCCUUUUGUACCGGGAUUUGUUUCAGGCCUAUUCAGUCAAGGAUGAUGGGAAGAUAUAUGAUGCCUAUGUUAUUUACCCUCGGAGCCACACCAAUGAAGCUACUUUUGUAGAAUAUUUUGUUUACCAAAUUAUGCCAGAUAUUCUGGAAAAUAAAUGUGGCUAUAAAUUAUGCAUUUAUGGAAGAGAUACAUAUCCUGGAGAAGAUAAAGCGAAUGCAAUUGAGAAGAGGAUACAGAAGAGCAGACGGCUGAUCAUCCUUCUCACACAGCAGCUGAUUAACUGUCAAGAAAUUAAUUACGAUCAACAUAUUGCUUUAUACAACGCCCUCAUUCAAAAUGAUACGAAAGUGAUUCUACUGGAAAUGGAGAAGAUGGGGAGUUAUGAGAAUCUUCAGGAAUCUCUUAGGUACAUCAUCAAGCGGCAAGGUACUGUCAAAUGGAAAGAGCAGCACACUGUGCACCCACAGUCAUCCAACUCAAAGUUCUGGAAACACGUGAGGUACCACAUGCCAGGGACAUUCAGGUCCUCAGACUCAGCUAAUGCUGGGUGAACAGUCUGCCCAAGAAAAUGCUGGUACUUCAUCAAGUUGAACCAUCGGUGUAUGAUUCUCUUAUUGCUAUCAGUAGGUACAUUACUUUGCAGUCUGGACAUCUGUCUGCAUUUUUUUCCCCACUUCUUUCAGCCACUUGGUUGAGUAAUGAUGAGGGAAAUGGAUGGAGCAGGUCAAGGGGAUGAGGCAAUUUUGGUGAGGCUUGAGAAUUCUGUAAAUGAAUAAUUCCAGGCAAAGAACUGAAUUUUGCACGUCACAGGAAACAGAAUCUACCUGUGCUCUUCCUAUAUAUACUUGUACAUAUUACAGAUCUUUUUUGGUACUGAAUAGAUUUACUUUAUCUUUCUAAUACGGUUGAUCAAGCAUAAAUUCCUUCUGUACUCUUUGGCUGGAAAGUAUUGUGUGGUCUUCUUCACUUUAUCCACCAUGUGCUCCUUUUUGAUUCAGUAGUAUAACUAAUACCAUGAAAUUUAAACUUUCCUUAGCAGGGAUGCUUCAAGAGAAGCUCUUUUGAAACUAAUGUGAAUGCAGUAUUUUCUAGAAAUACAGAGUUAAGGAGAGCGUAUACAUAAUGAUCAACCAAUAUAUAUUUAUACACAAAAGAGAAACUCACAAAAGGGGAAAUUAUUUCAUAGAGCUAUCAGAAAGUCAUUUUGUUUUGAAAGUAGCUACUGCAUAUAUUUAAAUUCAUAUAAGUAGCAGUGUUUUAGACCUAUCAAGUAUGGUAGACUGUGCUAGACUCACGUAUUUAUAUUUUGUUUGUACAUUGCCAAUGUAUUCAAAGCAUUCAUUUAAGCUACUGAUAGAGACUCACUGCAAAUUUAUAAUUGCCAGUCUCCCUCUUCUUCCCCAUUCUGUGAUCUUUUUCCUGGUUAUACUCUGUUCUGACAGAGAAUACCCAGAGAUGCAAAUGUCAGAAUGAAAUCUCUUCUGAGUGCAGGACUGUACGAACAAAACGUGUUUUAGUGCAUACAUCCUUGGGAACUUUAAUCUUUUUAGCUUCUUAAAUACAGAUUUAUUCAUUUUUUAAGUCAGAGAAGAACUGGUUUUGAGCUUCAGUUAACUGUAGAGAUGGACUUGAAAAGUGAAAAUUAGAUGCAGUAUGUCUAAUGCUACCACAUUCGUUUAUUGUACAGUGUAGAUUUUUACUGAGUAUGGAAUUUCAGGCUUAUGGAUGGCUAUUGGAGUUAGGAAGACCACAUAUGAAAUAUAUAUCUUAAUAUUAUUUCAGCAUGACAUUAAAAGUUUGAUGGGAAACAAAA